CCGCCAGUCUGCCCUCCUGCCUCUGCCUGCGCGCAGCCCGCGCUCCGUGGAGGAGCCGCCGAUCGGCUCGGGCGGCCCCUGCUAGCUCCGGCCGAGCCCAGAGUCCAGGCGCCGGGAGGGCUGCGGGGAGCCGAGCCCACAGCCGGGGAACAGCCCCGGGGCGGCGUGCGCUCGCUCGGCCGUGCGCUCCGCGCCGCUCGGCUCCUCUGCGCUCCGCGGGCUCCCUCGCUCGCCCCCAGCACGCGGGGCAGCCCCGGCCCGCCAGCCGCCGCCCCAUGGAGGGCCCCGGGAAGUGGGCAGUGGCCGGUAGCGUGAGGGGGCCCCCGGGGCCGAGCGGCCGCUGUUAACUCCGGGCGGGGAAGCCCGCUGGGAGCAAGGUUGCACCUAGCCGUGCGUCCUACUGUCCGUCAGUCCAUCAGUCCAGCCUUCCAGCCGUCGGUCCGUCCCUCCACAGGAGGAGCUGCUUCCAGCGCGGAGCCGAGCCCAUGUGCCCUGGGGCCGCCGAGAGGCAGAUCACAUCUUGAGGCUGCUGUCCCUGGACUAUGGGUACAACGGCUAGCACUGCCCAACAGACGGUGUCAGCGGUCACAGGCCCCUCCUUUGAGGGCCUCCAGGGCUGUGGCGGCAUGGAUGACCACCACUCACUCAGCAUUCACUCCUUCCAGACAGCCGGCCCUCAUAACAGCCGGGCCAAGUCCAUCAUCACCAACAAGGUGGCCCCGGUUGUGAUCACGUACAACUGUAAGGAAGAAUUCCAGAUCCAUGAUGAAGUGCUCAAGGCUCAUUACACAGUGGGCCGGAUCUCUGAGGCCACGCAGGAGCAUUACCUGAUCCAGGGACGCUACUUCAUGGUCCGGGACGUCUCAGGGAAAAUGGACAUCUUGAACACCACGGGGAGCUGCGGGGCCCCCAACUUCCGCCAGGCCAAAGGUGGGCAUGCCGUGUUUGGCAUGGGGCAGCCCAGCCUUGAGGGCUUCAAGAGGGUUCUCCAGAAACUUCAGAGCGAUGGCCAUAAGGAGUGCAUCUUCUUCUGCGUACGUGAGGAGCCCGUCUUGUUUUUGCACAUGGGUGAUGAUUUUGUGUCUUACACGCCUCGGGACAAGCAGAACCUUUGUGAGAAUCUCCGCAGCCCGAGUCCAGGUGUCCGGGUGGAGAACUUGGAGCUGGCCAUUCAGAAAGAGAUUCAUGACUUUGCCCGGCUGAGUGAGAACACGUACCAUGUUUACCACGACAUCGAGCACUUUCGGGAAGAGCCGCACUCGGUGCAGGUCCAGAAUGAGGAAGACGUCCAUGUGACGGAGGAGGUGUACAAGCGCCCCAUCUUUCUGCUGCCAUCCUACAGGUACCAUCGACUGCCCCUACCAGAGGAUGGGGCGCCCCUGGAAGCCCAGUUUGAUGCUUUCAUAGGGUUCCUCCGGGAGAGCCCCAGCCUGCUGCCGCUUCGGGACCCCUUGGGGCCACCCCCAGCCCUUCUCUUCAGCUGCCAGACCGGAAUUGGCAGGACCAACUUGGGUAUGGUCCUGGGCGCCUUAGUGUUGUCUCACUGCAGGAGGACGACCGAGAAUCCAGAGGCAGCACCCCCACAAACUGACUCACAGCCUCCGGAGCACUUAGAGGUGGUACAGAGCUUCAUCCUCAUGGUCCCCAAGGGGAGGCAGAUUGUGGAGGAGGUGGACCACACCUUGGCGGCCUGCUCAGAAUUGUACAACCUGAAGGAUGCCAUCCUUGAAAACCAGAAGAAGUUGGAAGGGCUCAGCCGGGAUCAGGUGCAGGGAAAGGAUGGCCAAGAAUUGCAGCAGCAGCAGCAGCAGCAGCAGCAGCAGCAGCAGACUCUGCAGAGCUUGGAACGCUACUUCUACCUGAUUGCCUUCAACUACUAUCUGCAUGAGCAGUACCCCCUGGCUUUUGCCCUCAGUUUCAGCCGCUGGAUGUGUGGGCACCCGGAGCUGUAUCGGCUGCAGGUGAAGGUGAACCGGAUGGAGCAGGUGGUUUCUGGGGAGCUGUCUGCCAAGGAAGCGUGGGCACUGGUGGCGGACGAGCCCUUCUCCCCUGACGUGCUCAGCACCGCCCGAGAGAUGAACGUGGCCAACUUCCGCAGGGUAGCCAAGAUGCCCAUCUACGGCAUGGCCCAGCCCAACGCCAAGGCCAUGGGAAGCAUCCUGGCUUACCUGACUGACUCCAAGCGGAAGCACCGGCAGGUGAGCUGGAUCAACCUUCGGGAAGAGGCGGUCUUGGAGUGCGACGGGCAGACCUACACGCUGCGGGAGCAGGGAAACCGGAAGGAGCCUGUUCCUGGGCCUGCUGCAUUCUCCCCUGAGCAGCUGGAGAAAUUGGAGUCCCAGCUGAAGUCCAGGGUGCUGACUUCCCCUGAGCGCAUAGAGUCGCACCCAGGUCGGGAAAAGCAGAAGCCAUUCCAGACGUGCCUGACCAUGCAGGACAUUUUCAGCCAGAAGCGGGACCUCUCCUAUCACAGGCUUCCCAUCCCAGACUUCUGUGCCCCGAGGGAGCAGGAUUUUGACCGGCUCCUGGAGGUGAUGAGGGGGGCACUGGCCAAGGACCCCAGCACCAGCUUCGUGUUCAGCUGCCUGAGUGGCCAGGGUCGGACAACGACGGCCAUGGUGGUGGCUGUCCUCACCCUGUGGCACCUCAACGGCUUCCCCGAGAUGGGGGAGGAGGAGAUCGUGAGCGUGCCUGAUGCCAAGUACACCAAGGGAGAGUUUGAAGUGGUAAUGAAGGUCGUCCAGCUGCUGCCAGACGGGCACCGGGUGAAGAAGGAAGUGGACGUGGCUCUGGACAUGGUGAGCGAGACCAUGACGCCGAUGCACUACCACCUGAGGGAGAUCAUCAUCUGCACCUAUCGCCAGGGAAAAACAGCUAAGGAAGAGCUAGAGGCCCGGACACUGCAUCUCAGAAGCCUACAGUACCUGGAGCGAUAUGUCUUCCUGAUCCUUUUCAACGCCUACCUUCACCUAGAGAAGACAGACUCCUGGCACCGGCCCUUCAGUGUCUGGAUGCUGCAGGUGGCCGCCAAAGCCGGUGUCUACGAGAUCCUCAACCAGCUGGGCUUCCCCGAGCUGGAGGCCAUCGAAGACAAGCCCCUGUCGAGGUUACGCUACCGAUGGCAGGAACAGACCCUCAGCCCUGGGCCCUUCCUGGGGGACUUCCUCUAGAAGGGAGCAACCGGCACCAACCAUGCCCUCUGGGCGGUGACUCCGGGCCUGGUGAUGGUCUCCUUCCCUCUUCUCCCUGUUUGAACAGGAGUGGGGGGAUGGGCCCUGGCCUGAAGGAACAGGCCUG